AUGGGGAAUUCCCAGACAAAGGAAGCACGUGGCCACGGCUCCUCUGGCCCACGGGUCAGUGGCAGUACAAGCCCGACGGGACGACAAGAUGGACAACAAAAUAGCUUGGAAGCUCCCCCUCGACCCGCGCACCCCCGUCAACGAAGAGGCAGCCGACCCGACUUCUCCUUCCUCGGCAUUGGUGGAGGCAGUGAUCAAGAUGCCUCUUCACUCGAGCAGCGACGCGAGACCAAGGUGGAAAGAGAAGCUCGAAAGGUGGAAAAGGAAAGAAUGGCAAGACUCAAGGAACGCGAACGCAGCAUGAGAGAAGAGCACGUCGAUGGGGGAUAUCUGGUGACUCAAGGUGUCUAUGUGGGGACGGAAGACUUUAACAAAGCAAUUGUCAGACAAUUCAUGAUUGAGAGACGACUGGCUCCAUUCUGGAGAGGACUGAACGAUUUCUCGGAUUCGUGGGCUGAACAUCAACUCAUGGCCGCCGCCCGAGGCUUGCCCAUUCCACCACCGGAUGAAGUGCCUCCGGAACUCGAAUACCAGCUCGCGAAAAGGGUAACUAUGGACAGGAGCAAAGAAUCUGCACUCAAAAGCCUGACGAUCCCAAUCGGAGGAAGGUCGCAGUCCUUUCAGUCAGAUAGCUCCGCGCCCCUGUCGCCGCCUCCCAAUUCCUUACCGCUUCCUUCACCCUCUUCACCGCCGCCCACCGGCUCACCAGGGACGAGCACCUUUCGGACUCGUGCCAAGACACUGGCGUCUUUGGCGACCUCCUCUCGGGGCAAUUCCCAGGUAGAUAUGACCCCAAGAGAAUUCCAGCUGCCGCCAGAUCCUUUCGUCAAUGGACAGCCCAUCGAAGUCUACCUCUACAAGGACGCAUCAGAGUGUCCAAUCUGUUUCCUAUACUAUCCGCCCUAUCUUAACACAACCAGGUGCUGCGAGCAGCCUAUCUGUUCAGAAUGUUUCGUUCAAAUCAAGCGGCCCGAUCCCCACCCUCCGGAACACGAACAACCGGAUCCCAAUGCGCCACCAGUCUCAGACGCUGAGCGUGAAGCGCAGGCCGAUGGUCUGCUUGUUUCUGAGAUUGCAACCUGCCCGUAUUGUAAAACCCCUGAUUUUGGUAUCACCUACACGCCACCUCCAUUCCGUAGAGGGCUCACUUAUGGCACGGGAUCUCAGCCAUAUCAGGUCAUGUCAGCCAUGUCCUCUCAAACCUCCAUUUCCUCUGGAAACCUCUCUCCAGGGCCGGGCCGGAGGCGUGGCACUUCUUUGUCGGCCAAUGCCCCGGAAGUCAUCACCACAGACAAGAUACGCCCUGAUUGGGCGACCAAGCUGGCAGCUGCUCGGGCCCAUGCUGCCCGACGGUCUGCAGCAGCUACGGCGUUACAUACAGCUGCAUAUCUGAUGAAUGGGCAGAAUGCCGACUCACGAGCCUUCGCAGCAUUUAGCCGGCGCGGGAUGUUGAGACGAUCCACCCUCGAAGGUGGAGAGAAUGGUCCGAGUUCGAACCUGAGUGCGCUGGCAAUGCUGGCGGAGAGGCAUGCAGCGCGGCAACAAGAGGCUGCUGGAGAGACCCGCGCAAACCCCUUGUUGCCUCCCCCACGUGGCAGCAGUUCCCGACGAAGUCGCAUGGACGACCUAGAAGACAUGAUGAUGAUGGAGGCCAUCCGCCUGAGUCUAGCAUCUGAAGAAGAACGCAGGAAAAAAGAGGAAAAGGAAGCUCGAAAGGAAGCAAAGAAGAAAGAAAAGGAAACCAAGAAGGCCGAGAAAGCAGCGCGGAAGAACAGUCUCUUCACAGUCAAUUCAAACGGUAGCACUGGGGACGCAUCCAGCAGUCAGAUGGAAAGGUCCCGAAGCAAUCUUUCCCUCGGCCAGGAUGACGACUCUACGACCAGCAAGGGCAAGGGAGUAGAACGGAGUGAUACCCCUCCCACAGGAGGAGCUAAGGUGGAGGACGACGCUCCGCGACCAUCAUAUAUUCCGGCUUUGUCGCUGUCGUUGUCUGGGACCAGUCAAGAGUCUUUGGCGAGUUCCAUACCCAUCCCUACUGCGGCCGAACCAUUCCGAAGAUCUCAUCUCCGGCAAAUGUCUACUGCCUCAUCCGCUUCGUCUUCAUUUGUCGAGCCAGGUCCUGCAGCCUCAUUUUCGGGUUCCGGUACUCCUCCGCCGGGAAGUCUCGAGCCUAUGUUCAAUUUCCGAAGCCUGGCUGCAAUGAUCGGGGAAGAUGAGAAGGACAACGACAGUGCUCAUGUCGAAAAUGCUCCGAGAGACCAGUCGCCAAAGUUUCGCGAGGACGCCCGAGAAAAGAGUCCCUCGAAAGUUGGAGAGGGCUGGGAUCAUGACGACCUGGAUCUCGCUGCAUCUUCGGAUUCAUCUCCUAUGAGGGAGAGCGAUGCAGACCCGGUGGUGACCAACGGGAAGCCCAUCGUUGAACCAUCAACCGGUGUGUCGCAUGUUUGA